GGACCGUUACAGUUCCCGAAGGCGCGGACGUGGUUUCUCUCCACGGUCGGUCUUUGUUCCAGCCCGCUCAUCUUUAAAGCCUUUCAGCCAGCCUGGCGCAUGCCUGGCUUCCUGUAUGGUUCUCUUGCCGAGUUGUUUCCCAGUGGACAAAGACUCGACAAUAGUCCCCUUGUUGGCAAGGCCAACUCAGAUUCGUCGAACCCCCAGAAGUAUUACUCGAUGCCCCUCAAAAAGAUUACCAAACCCACAGUAACCGAAGGACUCAUCCACGGCUUCGACCAAGCACGACUGGACCGCCUAACUGCCUCCAUGCAGCCUCUCCUGACGAGAAAUGCCACGGACGAGGAACUCGAAGCUUUGCUGAAGGAGGCUAAGGACUGUCUGAAGGCCACUACAGGCGGGAAAACCAAGAGGUUCCAGGGGUGGUGGGCAAGGAACACCAAGACCACGAAGAUGGUAAAGACUGUGAACAAUACAGGGAUCGAUGAGGUAUAG